AUGAUUCGCACAGUCGUUGGUCUCCUCGCUCUCUGGGCAGGCGUACAAGCCGCGCCUACACGACGCGAUACAUCGAGUCCUGUCGUGCAGGUUAAAAACGGAACAUAUGCCGGCGCAACGAACACAAACUAUAACCAAGACCUGUUCCUGGGUAUUCCCUAUGCGCAGCAACCGGUUGGAAACCUGCGGCUUACUGUGCCGCAGUCGUUGAAUGAGACGUGGGAUGGGGAGCGCGAUGCAAAGGCGUAUUCGGAUAGCUGUGUGGGAUAUGGAACGGAUUCGAUCUGGUAUUCCAUGUCUGAGGCGUGUCUCACGCUCAAUGUUAUUCGUGAUUCAUCAGUGGACGAGGACUCGAAACUCCCCGUCGGCGUCUGGAUCCACGGCGGAGGUUUCUAUCAGGGCUCCGGCGCAGACGAGCGAUACAACAUGUCUGCUAUCGUCUCCAACGCGCACAGAAUCGGCAAACCCUUCAUCGCGGUAACAAUAAACUACCGCCUCUCAGCCUGGGGCUUCCUCAGCUCCCACGAAGUCACAGAAAGCGGCAACACAAACCUUGGCCUCCGCGACCAACGACUCGCCCUGCACUGGAUCCGCGAAAACAUCGCCUCCUUCGGCGGCGACCCCGACAAAGUCACCAUCUGGGGCGAAUCCGCCGGCGGUAUGUCAGUGGGCUACCAUCUCAUCGCGUACGGGGGCCGAGACGACCACUUGUUCCGCGGGGGGAUCUUGGAAUCCGGCGGGCCAAUUUCCGCAAGCCCACUUGUUGACGGGUCGUCGUACCAGGAUGAUUUCGAUGCGUUGGUUAAGGAGGUGGGCUGUGAGGGGUCUGGGAAGGGGGCGUUGCAGUGUUUAAGGGAGGUGCCGUUUGAGGAGUUGAAUGGAGCGCUUAAUGGGACGGGUGGUGAUCCAGUCUAUUGGUUUUUACCGGUGAUUGAUGAGGAUUUUAUUAGGAAGAGGGGGAGUUUGUCGUUGGGGGCGCAUGAGUUCGUGCAGGUGCCUGUUAUUGCUGGGACGAAUUCGGAUGAGGGGACGUCGUUUGGACCGACGGGGAUUAAUACGACUGAGCAUUUUUACACUUAUCUUACAGGCAACCAAUCCGACCCACCCCUCCCCUCCCCCAUCGCUCACAACCUCCUAACCCUCUACCCCGAUGACCCCUCACAAGGCAUCCCAGCGUACCUUGGCGACACCCGCAUCGCCUCCAAGGGUCUGCAAUGGCGCCGCACAAACGCCUACACCGGCGACUACAUGAUGCACGCGAACCGCCGACGGCAGUGCAGCGCCUGGGCCGAAACCUCCACACCAGCCUACUGCUACCGCUUCAACGUGCGCAGUGCAGACGUGUCAUAUACAUCUGGCUCAGCGCACUUCGAAGAAGUCGCCUUCGUAUUCAACAACAUCGCAGGACUGGGAUAUCAUGACGGGAAGCCGUUUACGGCAGAGACGCCGGAGAGUUGGGUGCGGUUGAGCGAGAUGAUGGCGAGUAUGUGGGCGGGGUUUAUUUAUGAGUUGGAUCCGAAUGCUGUUGGGUCGCAUUCGGGGGAUUUUGUGAGGUGGGAUGGAUAUGGUGAUGGUAAUGGAAACGAGGUGGAUAUUUUGUUUGAUGCGGAUGCGAAUGCGACGACGAGUCGGAUGGAGGGGGAUACGUGGCGGAAGGAUGCGAUUGAGUAUAUUAAUUCGAUUGCUGAUGUGUAUGAGCGGUAG